GGUUGCAAGCGAGUUCGCCGCUAGUCGCACGCGAGUCCGUGAAACAAGAAUUUCGUCGGUGUACCGGUAAUACUCACUUUUGUUUUGCGCGGACGGUUCCUUUCCACGCCGGAUCGUCCCGCUUGCUCAUUCCGCCGCCGCCGCCGCCGCGCCUCUUUUCCCUCUCUCUCGGUCUUGUGGAGUGGAAAUCCACCCAUCCCAGACGUGGAUUGGUUUUCUUCCUCCGCUGGUAAGUAAUCCAUCCCAUCUUUGCUUGGAUGGAUAGAUCCGUCCCCUUGUCAGACAAGAGUUGGUUUUUUCUCCCAAUCAGAUCCAAAUCUCUCUCUCUCUCUCUCUCUCUCUCUCUCUCUCUCUCUCUCUCUCUCUCUCUCUCUCGUUCAAUUUGUUGGGGAUUGGUGUGCUGCAUGGUGCCGUACGAAGCUUACCGCCCAAAAUCGACAUUAGCUGACACCAUAUGGCUUCUUAUACCCAAUUAAGGUGCGGGCUGGUGCAGUUUAUUUCCCCCCAAAAAAUUGGGGGUUCAAUUCAUGCCCCACGUCAAGUCCGCUCCUGUUGUUAGGUGCAUAUGUUGUUGCGCAGCGUGCUAAUUCAUCAAUCUAGCUCAUUAGUCCUCCGCGAGUCUUGACGCUGCUUCAUAUCCUAUCUUGGAUAAAAGAAUGUUUUUUUCCAGCCCAGUUUAUUAAGCACUGAAGCUUAUCUGGUUACCUGAUUCUAAAAAUCGACUAUUUCCCGUAAAAAAAAAAAAAAGCGACUAUGUUGCUCAACGAUGUUGCAGAUGUUUCAAGUGAGAUGUUUCGCCGUUAUAGAUGACAAGCGAACUACAAAACCAUAGGAAUCAACUACCUACAUGGAACCAGAAAGGAUUUGAAGAAGCGGCCCAACGUCAUUUUUCUUCUCCUGGUUCUCCGUGACCAUGAAAUUUUAAAUGACAGAGCCACGGAGGUCCAUGGUUGUGUAAUGGCGAUGUGUGAAUAAUUGAGGUUUCCAUAUAUUUCUCUGGAAAUGCAUCCCCCUCUGACUUUACACAGGCAUCCUAUGUGCGCCGAGAUUAUUGAAGAAUUUCAGAAGUGCCAUUUGGACCACCCUGUCAAGAAGUUUUUUGGAGAAUGCACAGACCUUAAAAUCAAGCUAGAUCGCUGCUUCCGACAGGAGAAAGCCCUGAAGAGAAAGGCAAACUUUGAAGAGAGCAAGAAAUUCAAAGAACAGCUGCAGGCUUACAAAAGGGAAAUUGCAGAGAAAAACCAGGAUUAAGAACUUGAAACAAAGGACGAGGAUCUAAAAGGUGAAUGCUCUUUAUCUGCGACGGGAUGUCCUCAAUUUUGUGAAGGUUUCUU